AUGGCUCUACUUAAGAAUCUCACGAGUUAUAUUCGCCCUUUGGCAAGCUGUUCUACCACGACCCCCAGAUUUCUCCCCCUCACCAUCCGCCGCGGCCUCGGUAUUCCACCCCAAUACCUUCUUGACGACUACACCCCGCGCUACGCCCUCCUCACGUCUACCGACGCUGCCAAAAAGCGCAGCCUAGCCUACACCCAUCUCUCGAAUUGCAAUCUCUGCCCGCGCAAAUGUGGCGUGAACCGCUUCGAAACAACUGGCCACUGCCUGAUCGGCGCCGAAACGGCAAAAGUGAACGUGAUUGCGCCUCAUCGUGGCGAAGAACCUUGCAUCCAGGGCUUUCACGGCAGCGGCAGCGUCUUUUUCUCGGGGUGUAAUCUGCGGUGCGUUUUCUGCCAGAACCACGAUAUUGCGCAUAAACGUAACGGCUUCGAUCUCACCCCCGAGGAGUUAGCGGAAUGGUACAUGAAACUACAGGAUAUGGGACACGUGCACAACAUUAACCUCGUCACACCAGAGCAUGUGGUCCCCCAGGUUGUGUUGUCUAUUCUAGCGGCGCGGGAUAUGGGCCUGCGGAUCCCGAUUGUGUAUAAUACGUCUUCGUUUGAUAGCCUCGAGUCUUUGGAACUGUUGGAUGGACUGGUUGAUAUCUACUUACCGGAUUUCAAGGUGUGGAAGUCGGAAACGUCGAAGAGGCUGCUGAAGGCGGAUGACUAUGCAGAGACGGCAAGAGAGAGUAUCAAGGCUAUGCAUGAGCAGGUGGGGGAUUUGUCAUUUACGAGCGAUGGGAUUGCGAAGAAGGGUGUGCUGCUGAGGCACCUUGUGAUGCCCGGGAAGGAAGAUGAGGGCAGGGAGAUCAUGCGGUGGCUGGCAGAGAAUGUGAGUAAGGAUCUGUAUGUGCAUAUUAUGGAGCAGUAUCGGCCCGAUGCGCAUGUUGGGAAGAAGAGGAGAGUUUCGAGGAAAAGGGGAACUGGUGACGGGGAGGAGGAGGUUGAAGAGGUUAGGUAUGCCGAGAUUAAUCGGGCUGUUAAAGAUAAGGAGUUGGGGAGUGUCAAAGAGGCAGCGGUGGAGGCUGGGCUUUGGAGGUUUUGUGAGGCUAAUGAGAAGAGUUUGUUCCAUCUAUGAUGUGAGGUUA